GGAUUUUGACACAGUCUCCGGACGGGCUCCCCCUUCCGACCUGCAACAUGCUAUCGUCGCCAAAACGUAGUUACGACGAACCGUGUCCGUCUAAGAAUGUCACCUCGGGGCCCGAGAACAAGCGAAGAGUGCGAAAAGUGACCAGGGCUUGUGACUGUUGCAAAACGAAGCGCAUCCGAUGCAAUGGCGAAAAGCCGUGUUCAUGCUGUAUUCGCAAGGGCACUGUAUGCUCCUAUGAAGCAAAGUAUGCAAGAGGAAAGCCUCCCAUGCCUCAACAGCCGACAGCUGUGUCCAUUUACCUCGACGACGGAGAGUCUGUAAACGGAGCCCAGGCACAACUCAAUGCCCACAGUCGGACCAGGAAUCCAUCUACGGUAGAGCGUACGACUAGCGCUGACGUGCGAAUAGACACUGACCGUCUGACGUACAACUACGAUGCCCUGGAACAUAGAUCCUCCCGAGCGUCUCCUGAGACCGAACCCGCCGAGAUCGAGGGCCAAUACUUCGACUCAAAAUCCGGCUUGACGUUCCUGCACCGCGCCUGGAAGCGGCUUGCUGCCAAUGGAUGUCCCUCCGACGUAAGUAUCACAGAUAGCGUGGUCAACCGACAACCGCUGGUAAUGGCCGGUGACAGUCCUUUCGUCUCUCUCGAUCCCAGCCCCACUCAUGAAUCCAGACUUGUCCAAAUAAUGCUGGAGACCUCGACAGCUGUUGCACUGCUUCAGUAUUACUUCGAUGUCUGUGUCGUCACCUACCGCAUGUUUCAUCGCCCAACAGUCGAAGGCUGGUUGCGCGUGAUUCUCCAGAACGUGCGACAGCCUAUAGCCGGAAGUAUAGGCCAUGCCCGAGCUUCAUGCGUGCUCACCAUACUCGCCAUAGCAUCUUACCGCCAGCAAAAAGUCUCCGGUCAUAACACUGACGGCUCUGGGCCGCUCUAUCAAAGCGACGAGUACUUCGGCCAUGCAACACGCCUCACGGAUGCCGAGACUGGCUUGCCUCAGUUAGAGUCCGCACAGGCGCGUCUUGCACAGGUGUUAUACCUUCUACAGACUUCGCGCACGAACCAGGCUUGGUAUGUGUGCGGCCAUGCUUUGCAGAUCAUUUCGGCUUUGGGUCUGCACAGACGGUCAGCUGGGGUCAGACAGGCAACAAACCUCGCAUCGAAGAAGGAUUAUAUUCAUCUACAGUGUGCCAAACGAACAUUCUGGGUCGCUUAUACUAUCGAGAAGUACCUUGCUGUUGUGCUUGGAAGGCCAAGACACUACCAUGACGAAGAUAUCGAUCAAGACUUUCCCGACAGUGUCAAUGACGAGAACAUGUCUUCUGAGGGUCGUGUAGCAGUCGAUUCCACAGAUGACUGUCACGUCGAUGCUCUCAUCUUUCAUGCCAAGCUGGCUCGAAUUAUUGAUGGCAUCUCUAGCGACGUCUACUCAAUCAGGCGUCUGGCGCAAGCAGAAAGAGUAGCCGCGGCCCAUCGACAGGGCCGCAGACUGCAUGAAUGGCGUGAGAACCUGCCAUACCAUCUAGGGUCGGUCAAGCCAUCGAGUUUGAUUCCGAGCCUUCGGCGGCAGGCGGUCGCCCUCCGACUCGCACACGCUCAUGCGACAAUGCACGCGUUCCGACCGUUCCUCUUAGGCAACGCCAAGGACCGGACCACGAAUCCUGAGGUCAAGAAUAGCAUUGCUGAAUGCAUGGGUGCUGCCAGAAAUGCACUUGAGACUGUUGAUCUGAUGGUCGCCGACCAGACUCUCUUCCAUGCGUUUUGGUGGACAUCGUAUGUCACAUUCUGCGCUCUGGCAGUAGUAUAUGUAUGGGAGAUUCAGAAGCGGCGUCAAGUACCUUGGAGAGAUGCUGUGGCGGAAGACGAUAUGGAGUCCGCUGCUCUGAUUAAGCUUGCUGAAAGAUGCCAAGAGCAUCUAACAAGGGCUACGGAAAGCAAUUCGCCGAAAGCACGGUACGGUGUUAUCUUAGAAGAGCUGCGAAAUGCGGCGCGUCAGCGGGUUGGCAGGAAGCAGGCCGACUUGCCUGAAGCCAUGCCUGCUGCUGAGCAGGGUGAGCGAUUGGCAUUACCUAGCCGUGAAUCCGGUGUGCUGAGUGAUGGGCUCCUUUCGGACCUCCAAAUGUCUCUCUUCAACGGUACUGGGACGUCGCCAACAAUGUCGAGCGUAUUAGAUGGGUGGCAGACUACGGACUGGCUGGACCUCGACUCAUCGGCAUUCUCUGCGUUUGAUUAUGUUUCCAGUCUGUCUCAAGAUCAAUGGACAGGCGGCAACCCUUCAUAGGCUUUCGAAGCACCUUCAAAACCUUCGUACGCCCUGGAUGUGGCUAUUCUGCGCUGACCAGUCUCGCACUGCACCGUACAGAGUUGUCUCGAUGCUUCCAAAUUCAU